AUGGAAACUUCGGGCUUCACAGAAGAGCAACUCACAGUCCGCGAUGCAAUUUUCAAGGUCUGCUCAAAUUUCUCGGAUGAUUACUGGAUGGAACAUGACCAAACCGAGACAUAUCCUCACGAACUACAUGCAGCUCUAGCAAAAGAUGGCUGGAUAGGCAUCGCCCUUCCCGAAUCCCUCGGUGGGGCAGGUCUAGGAAUCUCGGAAGCUACCAUGAUGCUACAAACCAUAGCCGAAAGUGGAGCAGGUCUCGCGGGAGCACAGUCCAUCCACGCAAACGUCUACGCCACUCAACCCGUAGCGAAGUUCAGCACAGAUGAUCAACGRGAACGCUUUCUGAGAAAAAUCGUCUCGGGAGAAUGGAGAACUUGUUUUGGAGUCACAGAACCCAACACAGGACUUGAAACUCUCAAACUUACCACCACCGCAACUCCCGAUGCCGAUGGCGGUGGCUACCGCGUUACAGGUCAGAAGAUCUGGAUCUCUUCCGCGCAAGUCGCGCAGAAAAUGGUUCUACUAGCCCGCACAACUCCAAUCGAUCAAGUCAAGAAACCCAGUGAGGGGCUCUCCAUGUUCUACAUCGACAUGGAUAAGUCUGAUCCCGGACUCGAAGUCAAACGCAUCAAGAAAAUGGGCGGAAGAGCCGUGGAUGCCAACCAAGUCUUCUUCGACAACUAUGCCAUCCCCAAAGAUUCCCUCAUCGGCGAAGAAGGCAAAGGAUUCAAAAUCAUUCUCCACGGAAUGAAUGCCGAACGCUGUCUCCUCGCCGGCGAGGCGCUCGGAUUAGGCUACGCAGCGCUCAAAAAAGCAACCGAUUACGCGCGCGAGAGAAUCGUUUUCGGACGACCCAUUGGACAGAACCAAGGAAUUCAACAUCCUCUUGCAUCGGCGUWUAUGCAAUUGGAAGCGGCGAAAUUGGCCACGUACCACGCCGCGAGACUUUACGACAAGAGUUCCCCGGGUAUGCCGGGGUAUGAUGCGAAUAUCACGCAGCAUCAAGUGGGAGUGGCGUGUAAUAGUGCAAAAUAUGUGGCUGCUGAAGCGGCCUUUACGGCUUGUGAGAGGAGUGUGAUGAGUAUGGGAGGCAUGGGGUAUGCGGCCGAGUAUCAUGUGGAGAGGUAUUUGAGGGAGUGUUUUGUUCCGAGGAUUGCGCCUGUUAGUCGGGAGAUGAUAAUGAAUUUCAUUGCGGAGAAGAGUUUGGGGUUGCCGAGGAGUUAUUAG